AUGAGUUUCAGAGGUGGUAACAGAGGCGGCCGUGGUGGUGGUCGCGGUGGAUUUGGCAGAUCGAUACCGCAGGGUCCUCCAGACCAGGUUUUGGAAAUGGGUCAAUUCAUGCAUCCUUGCGAGGAUGAGAUUGUGUGUCGUUCCAUCAACACCAAGAUCCCAUAUUUCAACGCACCAAUUUACCUCGAGAAUAAGACCCAAGUCGGUAAAGUUGAUGAAAUCCUAGGGCCUUUGAAUGAGGUUUUUUUCACUAUCAAAUGUUCCGAGGGUGUGCAAGCGUCGAGUUUCAAAGAGGGGGACAAAUUUUACAUUGGUCCCGACAAACUACUGCCUAUCGAAAGAUUUUUGCCUAAACCUAAGGUAGCUGGUCCACCAAAACCCAAGAAGAAGAGAGCUCCAGGUGCUCCUGGCGGACGUGGUGGUUUCGGUGGCCGCGGUGGAUUUGGUGGUAGCCGUGGUGGCAGUCGUGGCGGUUUCGGCGGCGGUCGUGGUGGCAGUCGUGGCGGAUUUGGCGGCGGUCGUGGUGGCAGUCGUGGCGGAUUUGGCGGUGGUGAUCGUGGUGGAUUUGGCGGUGGCCGUGGAGGUGGUCGUGGAGGUUUUGGCGGCGGCCGUGGAGGUGGCCGUGGUGGCUUCAGUCGUGGCGGAGGCCGUGGGGGAAGAUUCUAA